UAUUUAAUAAUAUUAAAUAUGAGAGCUUUAAUUAUCACUGCACUCGCCGCUGUUGCCAUUGGACUCUUCAUGGUCUCCAGUGAGCACCCAGACUCUGUCGCUUUGAACGAUUUCAGUAGAUUCGUCCAAGAUUUCGGAGCUUCUUAUGAUAGUGACGACGAAUACAUGUUCAGACUUGAGGUCUUCAAGAGAAACAUGGCUACCAUCGAAGAACUCUCUGCUAGACAUCCACUUGCUACUUUCGGUGUCAAUAAAUUCGCCGAUAGAACUCAGGAAGAAAAGGAUGCCUUGGUAAACAGAGGAAAUACCAGAAGAUCUCAGAACAAGCAAUACACUAAUGUCUGCAAAUCCUUUGAUUUGAAGGACACUGGUAAGGAUGGAAACUGGCUCUCACUUAUGGGAGAAGCUAGAGACCAAGGAAGCUGUGGUGGAUGCUGGGCAUUCUCUGUAUCUGGUGUUGUUGAAGGACAAUAUGCUAUUAGCAGAGGAUUGAGCAAGGUUGACAGAAGACUUUCUCCACAAUUCUUGAUUGACUGUGACCCAAAGAACUCUGGAUGCGGAGGUGGAUUUGAAUCCGACGCUUUCGAUUGGUUGGAGACUCACGAUAUGUGCUUCGAUGACGACUACUCUUAUACCGCUAAGACCGGAUCAUGUAAGAAACAAUGCACUACUGGUAUCAGACCAAAGAGCUGCCAUCAGGUUGGAUAUCAUAACUCCAAGAACGCUGCUAUUGCCAUCCAACAUGGACCAAUUGAUGUAGCUAUUGAUGCUGAUGACCUCUUCCACUACCAAGGAGGAAUCCUCACUGGCGGAUCUAACUAUGGACUCAAUCAUGCCAUCAUGGGAGUUGCUGUUACUCGUAACGAUAAGGCUGCUAAUGGAGAUUCUCUCGACUCAGUCACUAUUAGAAACUCUUGGGGACCAUCAUGGGGAGAAAGCGGAAACUUCAGAGUUGCUUUGGAAAGCAAUGCCCUCGGAUGGAAUGAAGACGCCAACUAUGUUACCUUCUAAUUACUUUUAUUAGAGCUAAAGAUUCAUCUAUA